AUGAUGCUCAAUGAAGCUCUCGAGAGGCAUUUGCGAUGGGAUAAUAGGGAGCCGACCCCCUUUAUCUCUACAUAUGACAGUCAAGAUCGGGCAGAGCAGGAAGCAGACCGGCGUAUCGACGACAAGGAAGCGGAAGUGAUUAUUUGGGAAAUCGUCGUGACCAAUAAUAAAGGUCGAGAUUCUGUGGAAUUGGUUAAAGCACGGGAGUUGGCCACAGAAGUUAAGCUUUAUAUUCCUAAAAAGGCGUGGAACAAUUCGGAAUGCGAAGUUUUGUUUUGGGGUCGUAUUGCGCGUCGUCAUAUCGCUGGCUACACGAAAUAUACUAACAGUAAGGGGAAGUUGAUGAACGGAGACUGGAGACCGUUGAAUUGA